UUUCGCAUUUGCUCAUGCAGUCAUCAUGGUCAUGCAGUGCAAGCGAUUGUGAGUCUGUGUCCAUUCGAGGAGUCUUAGUCUCCUACAUCCGGUGGUGCCGUUGUGAGGUUAGGUGCCUCCAUGCAGUUACUAGUACCUGUUCAUCAAAUGUUGCCUUACCGGACUCACUGCGUCAGCAUGUAACUGUUGUGUGGAUAACACUACUAAACAAAAUAGUCACAAGUGGCUACUAUUUGGCCUUCACUUCAUUGAUAUUUCUCCGAUCAAGUGAUCUCUAUUUCUUGAGUGCUAGUACGUGCGGUACAUUGGGUGUGGACUUCGAUUCCAGUGGACAAUGAGUGUGCUUGAUUCCUGAAUUUCUGACGACAGGAAGCAAUUAAUCAUGACUUGGAGUGGUCCACUGCACAACAAGCAGAAAUACCUUGCCGAUGUGUUGCUGACGACAUUUUCGGACACAGACUUCCCCUGCCCGAUAGGUAAUUUUAUCAAUAUAACUGCAAAGGCAAGCUUUGCCAAGCUGCGUGUUAUACUUCCAGUACCGAUCUUUACAGGUGGAACACCAUCAAAGAAUAGACAGCCACCAGCUCGCCACGGCCAAGUUUGCUACUACUAUUGCGAAAUUAGCUCCAAAGAUGACCAGCAGAAUCAUUGCAGGAAGCUGUUUCAGUACUUUCUCAACAAAGAGUGGGCUGGAAUAGUGGAUUUUACAAAUGACCACAAGCUCUACAUCAUCCCUACAUCCUCGUUCAGUGAAGACCUUGGUCUUAGUGUUGAGGGUGAUACGCCACGUCUACACGGUUUGGUAGUCUGGAAGGAAAGUGUACAGCAUGCAGCUGCGAAGAGUGUACCAGAGGCAGUCCCAACGCCUGAUGCACUGCCUCCAGUUCAGGUGCAACGCGAGCCAGCACCAGCACCAUCCAAUGCUGUGGAGAGUGUAUCGGCUGUGCCACAGGCGGUAGAAGCGGAAACAGUGACAACCUCGCGCAAGUAUAGUUCAGCUGUGCGGAUCAAGCGUCGCUCCAAUGCCUCGCUGACAACAGUAGCAGCCGACGAAGGCAUUCAGGCAUCGUGGCCAACUGCAUCUACUGACGGCGAAACCCAAAUUGAAAGUAUCUUUGGAAAGUUGCCCUCUGGUGAACCGCGAGAAGUGUACAAUCUGGGUGUUUCAAGGCGAACAGUAGCAACCUCACCAGCUACAACAACAGAGGGAGCUGCUCUGACAACAGUGAUAACAACAACAGCAGCGACUUUGCCACAAUCAAAGUCACCGUCUUCCAAUGUUCAUGCUGAUGUGUCAAGCUCAUCUGCCACCGACAGCCCGUUGCAACCUGCUCCCGCUCAGCAGCAGCAGCAGUCUCCCAGACUCUGUGUGGACAAUUCCAACUCUGCAACUUCCCCGCGCCGUGCCGAUGAGGUACAUUCUGCAACAACUGAAGCACCCUCUGUCACAACCCCCACUCUUGGCAGAUUAUCGAAACAUGUGCGGGAAUCGACAUCACAUCCAUCCAGAGCGGCCACAAACUCUGACACUAAUUCCCCUGCAGCUGCUGUAGUUUCAGAUUCUAAUGCUAUAAGAAAUACAUCUGCUGCUUCAUCUUGUCCUGGCGUUGGAAUUGGUCGCCUAUCAUCCAGGACCAGAGUCAGCUCCAGUGAACCUUCCGAGAGCCAAAUAACUACGGCUAGUGUUGUUUCUCCCGCACCACCACCGUCUAAGGUGGGCUUGGGGCGACUUUCAAGUCGCCUUAGCAGUAUUGCGGCAUCCUCGACGCCAGCAGUGCUGCCACCGGCUAGUCUACCGACGACGACAACAGAACAGUCACGGCCCUCCGGUCUAGGCCGACUUUCUCAUCGUGUUCAGCGGCAAAGUGUAGGCGAAGUGUCCUCCUCGAGUAACCUGAAUCAAACGCACGCAUCAUCGAAAUCUAGCGGCCUAGCUGGUGGUCUACAGCCAGUGUCUGGUGGCAGCAGAGGGCUUGGUAGACUAUCAUCCCGAGUAUUUAGCAAAGCUGAUGCUUCUGUGACAAAUUCCGAUAGAAGUCAUGUCCCCGCGCGUAAUAAGCACUCUGAGAGCCAGCCAAGACCGUAUGAAACUGAUUAUUCAUCCAGGCACAAUGGUCAAGUUGAGAUACGACCUAAUGAGUCCUAUCGCCGGACUAGAGAACAAAUGGAAGUGGCCGUGGCUUUUGCGCCCUUUGAAAGAAGGGAUUCGCUGGAAGAAGAUAUUGAACUUGCGAUGUCGUCUGUUGCCGAAGAGGACGAUGAUGACGAUGACGAGUUUGAUGCGAAUGGUUUGGACAGCAAUGGCGACCCUAUGGACUUUGAAGAAGUUGAUAGUGAGGAUAGUGUUCUGCCAGCAUCGUCAUCGCCGCAGCGCACCAUGCUGGAUGAGCUGGAGGGCAACAGCAUGUCCGUGUUGAUGAAUGUGGCCGUUGCUAAUCCAUUCCUGCAUCUGUUGCUUGCACGUUUGAAGGUGCAGCAGACGAAUGAAAUGGUGGAGAAGGUUGGACAAGUGCUGACGUCAUUCCCUGCUGGUUCGGACAUGGACACUGUUCAUGAUGCGAUUCAACAGAUGGUGACCAGCAGCUUGAUGGCACAAGCGGUGAGUGGUGGGGUCGCGCCGUUUCAGGGUUCUGCCGCAGCCAAGUUGGAGCCUACGCCACCGAGCAGGCGAAGGCGAAAGGAGCCGGAGACACAGGGCCAGCGUCAGGAACAACCGGCGCAGUCCCAGCUGGAACAACCGUUACCAUCUGGACCCAGUUCAGCCGUGCCGUGUCCACAACAUGCUUCGAGCCCAGUUUUAGUGGCACCUCUUUCGGCUUCUUCACCUGACCAAGAAUUGAUUUCUGGCCGCAAGCAUGAAUCUUCGACAAGUCCUGGACUCAUUCAAGCGGAGAACGACUGGCAUGGUUCAAAUGGGAAUGCUGUUGCCUCCACUCCAGCUAGCACUAUUGUCAAUACUACUCAACUGGAGCAGGCACCGGGCACAGAUAGCAGACCGGGUAGUGGCUCGGCGCUCACGCCUGACUGCUCUGCCGUCAGCAUAGAUGCGUCCAUGCUAAAGCAGACCGACGUGCCAUCUUCCAGUCCUCUCCCAAAGAGUGGGAGGUCAUUGGCACUGCCACCACCGCCACCACCGCCACCAGUCGUCCCGCAAGUCUCCGCUGCUACCGCUGCUGUACCAGGAGGCAGUAGUGAGAGGACGUUUGCUAGCUCACAGGCCGUGUCGACUGCAGGCUGUCUUACAUCACCGACUAGUGCGCGCGAUACCUCCGUUUCCACCGCUGCAACAGAAUGUCUGGGCGGGAAAAGAUCCGGCCAGGAUACCCACGAAGACUUUCCAGAUGAGCAGCAAACUGUAGGGCAGCGGAAACGGCUGCUUCGCCGCCAUCCUCCUCGGUCAGGUGUGACCCCCAGUGUACCUGAGGUAGAGGGCAGUGACAACGAACACCUGCCACAGCAACCUAUCAUGGACAUGCCCGCGCCCACGCAACAGUCAUCUGGCAAUCCAAGUAAACUGCGCCGACUUUCAUCUCGUGUUGUGCCCGCCAUGGAAACCCAAGGCGCAAAUCAAGCAGCACAUGACCCGUGUCCUUUGAGUUUGGCUGAACAGAUGACCCCGGUGGGUUUGCACACUGUUUCAAGCCCCCAGUCAACACCAGUGCAAUCUCUAUCAUCAUCACUCGCCGCUUCGAAUCAUGUAGAGUCUACACUAGUAGGCAGCUCGUCCAUCAUUAGGUCCUCUCCGUCCGCAGCUGACCGGUGCACUGAUGGUUUUAGUGGUGGCGCAUCCCUCCAGUCGACAUCUAAGCUUGGUCUUUCCCGUGGUGUUGGUCGCUUAUCCUCGCGGGCAUUGGUAAGCACCUCUAAGCCGCUCUCUGGUCAAACGUCUGCUGCAGAAGGUUCUGUUAGCAAUCAGUCUUCUGCUACUGGUGCUAGUGCUGGUGCUGGCCAGCCAGCAUCCAGCACUACCGGUAGGUUUAGACUGUCUAGCCGGCUUGGUGUUUCGUCAGCAAAAUCGUUGAAGCCCACAACUGACACAGAGGUCUCCGAGGGCGCAUGUGGAGAUGGUGACAGCGUCAACUCGACAACUGAAUCGCCAGGAACAUUGCCACCUCUGAAUUCUUUGCCGGCGCAUGUCUCGUCUCCGCUAUUUCCUAGCUACGCAGCAGGUGGCUCAGCCGUUCCUGCUAAUAGUAAUACUGCUGUGCCAGAUGAGCAGAAUUCCGAGUCAAUGGGCUCUCGGUGCGUGUUGUCCUUUGCUCUGCGUGACACUCGUAUACCAAGCAACACGGCAACAACUGUAACAAACAAUGCUUUCCAGCAGUCACCAGAAACUAUCGACAACCUAACUGAACAGGACAAAAUUCAAGUGUCUGCUAGUUCAUCCGCUCAUUCCGCAGUAGGCUGUGAAGCAUCAGCGGAAGUGCCCUCACACACGCAGCUCAACUCCUCCGAUAGAGUGACUGAUCGAACAGCAACAGCAACUGUUGCCUCAUCUGUUGAUAAAGCUAGUGCUCCUGCAGUGGCAGCCGCAAGCCACCCUGGCUCCAACAGUAAGCCCUCCACUCUGCUUGGAAGAAAGCUUGGCACAUCUCUGUCUCAGGGGCUUGGUCGACUGUCGUCGCGUACCUUUACCUUAUCUCGGAGCCUGUCCUAGUUGUGCAUGUUGCUCACCAACCUCCUGUGUGCGAGUAGAUGGGAUGACUUACUGUGAGCGCCUUAGUGUGUUAGCAUAUCUAUGCUCUGCUGGCUGCGUGUCUGUAUGUGGCCUUGCAGCCCCAGCAGCCCAGCUCAUUACCCUCUCACACGAUUGUUAUACUUGUUUGUACUCGGGUGUUGCUCAUCUUUGCUGAAAAUUUGGCAUAUUUCUGGUGCUAAUGUUGAGUGAGAUUUCCACCAAUCAGUUGUUAUAUUUCAGAGAAUCCCUCUCUCUCUCUCUCUCUCUCUCUCUCUCUCUCUCUCUCUCUCUCUCUCUCUCUCUCUCUCUCUCUCUCUCUCUCUCUCUCUCUCUCUCUCUCUCUCUCUCUCUCUCUCUCUCUCUCUCUCUCUCUCUCUCUCUCUCUCUCUCUCUCUCUCUCUCUCUCUCUCUCUCUCUCUCUCUCUCUCUCUCUCUCUCUCUCUCUCUCUCUCUCUCUCUCUCUCUGUGUUUCUUUCUCUCUCUCUUUCUCUCUCACACUCACUCACACACCUCCUUUCAGCACAUGCUAUCAGUCUGAUGUGCUUCUGUGCUGCAUUUAAUGCCAUCUCUGGACCGGAAAUCCUGCUCUCUUUUGAAAACUUCACUCGUCUGGAUUUCCUGACCACCUGUGGAUGCUUUUAUUUGUUUUUGUCUGGUUGCUAUGAGUCGCAUUGCUGAUCCUAUAAUUCUGCUGGUUGUUCAAGUCGCAUGUUCUAUGUGACUCUUAGUGCCACGUCUGAGAAUCUGCUAUUCUGAAGCUAUUGCAUCAGCCCCCCCCCCCCCCCCCGUCUAAACCUUGAAUAUCACAAUCUUUAUUCUAUCCUUUAUGAUUAUCACCAAGAGUACAUACGCUUAUUUACUCUUGUUACCACCAUACUGCUGGAAGUGAAAUAGUUAUGCUGUUGGCUAUCCAUUUGAGUCCACCGUGCUUAGUUUCCUUCCCGUACUGUUGGCUGAAUAAGUCACCAUAAUAAUACUUUUGAAGUAUACAGCGUGUCAUUGUUCUACUUGUACCGAGGAAACCUACGUGUACAUAUUGUGCCUCUUACCCAAGAAACUAUUGGUAUCACUCAGAGUUUUAUUAGUACAUUGUACUUCAGAGUCUAGUCUAAAGAUGCUGAUAAGAAGGAGCAACUCAAGUGGUCUUUCUUAUCUGCAGGUCCAAUGCGUGAACACUUUAUAAUGUGAGUUUCA